ACCACACUCAGGCAGCGUCUUGACCAGGCCCUCGAAAGCCUAUUGCACCGCCUCCGGGGCCUUUGUGACAACAUGGAACCCGAGACGUUUGCUGACCAUGAGCUGGUCUACCUCCUGAAGGGCCAGCAGGGCAACCCGUUCCUGUUGCGAGCCCGCCGCUCCCUCUCCCACCCCACAGUGCCCUGGCACCUGCGCUACCUGGGCCAGCCGGAGGUGGGUGACAAGUCCCGCCACGCGCUAGUUCGCAACUGUGUGGAUGUGGCCGCCUCGCACAGCCUGCCCGACUUCCUCAAUGAAAUGGGCUUCCGCAUGGACCACGAGUUCGUAGCCAAGGGCCACAUUUUCCGCAAAGGCGUGCUCAAAGUGGUGGUGAGUAAACUGUCUCGCAUCCUGGUCCCCGAGAAUACAGAGAACACUGAGCCGCUGUCACUCUCCUACCUGGUGGAGCUCAGUGUAUUGGUCCCCGCGGGCCAGGAUACCAUGUCAGAGGACAUGCGCAGCUUCGCUGAGCAGCUCAAGCCCCUGGUUCACCUGGAGAAGAUUGACCCCAAGAGACACAUUGUCCUCUUGGUUUGCAGCAUUCAACAGGUGCGUGUGCAGCAGGACACAACAUCGUGGAAUGUUCAGACAGGCCAGUUUGUUCUAAUCUACAUAUUCAAAACAUAUUCUGACAUGUAGAAUAAUGUAUCAUUACAUUUAAGCCGUUUAGCAGACGCUCUUAUYCAGAGCGACUUACAGGUGCAAUUGGGCUUGCCUUGCUGAAGGACACGUCGACAGAUUUUCCACUGGCUCGGGGAAUCAAACCAGCAAACUUUCGGUUACUGGCCCAACGCCCAUACCUGCCGCCCCAUCAUUCCAGCUCUAUUAAUAACAUUUCUAUCUGCAACAUUCCCCAAUGUUUGUCUUMUAAAUGUGACCCUGUUGACAGGUGCCAUUUCCAAUGUUUACCACUAGGGAGCUCUCCUACUCUAUUUGUAAAAACAGCCUUUCUGGUUAGAGCCAGUUAUAUCUGCACCUCGGAUCAUCUACACAUGAGCCGUGGUUGCCAUGGUAAUAAUUAGCCACGAGAUCUGCACCUCUCAUCCCACAACUCUAAUUAGCUUUUUCAAUUGCUUAAUGAUAUAUAUACCUGUGAAAGCUUUUCCUUUCUUCCUCUCACAAAAGCAUUGAUUUCCCUUCCCCUCUCACUUCUCUUAACCCAUUASUACAUCAAUGGCAACCUACGCGGAGGGAGGCUCUUAUAAGUACAAGACCUGAGGCCUCAGGUUGUUUAAUCUACAGUCAUAAUUUCAAAAUGGUCUCCAUUGUGUCAUCACGUCCGUUCUUGGCUAGAGAUCAGUUUUCCUCUGAUGCCCUCCCAUAUACAGUGCAUUCGGAAAGURUUCAGACCCRUCACUAUUUCCACAUUUUGUUAUGUUACAGCCUUAUUCUAA